GUGUCCCGUCUGGAGGCAGAGUGCGAAGUUUCACUCUGCAUUGCAGCCUGAGCGCUGCUGCUGCUGCUGGAAGAUAACAAUGGCGACUCCCAGUCCUAACAGCAACUCCACAAGCUCCGGCAACAUCGUAGGAUCCACGUCGCACCAGCUUUACCAACAGACACAAAGCAGCAGCAUGCAAGAAACCAACACCUGCUGGAGAUGUCAAAAUGAAACAGGGUUUCAGAUAAGCCUGUCUGGAGUGCCCCAAAGUAAACGCAAAGCUCUGAAGCUAAAUUUUGCCAACCCUCCAGUGAAACCGACCUCCAGGCUUCCGAUCCAUCCCACGGCUCCCUCGUUCCAGAACCCUCACAUAGAACGUCUGCGGACACACAGUAUCGAGUCGUCGGGGAAGCUAAAGAUCUCCCCGGAGCAGCACUGCGACUUCACUGCAGAGGAUCUGAGAGACCUCGGGGAGAUCGGCCGUGGGGCGUACGGCUCCGUCAACAAGAUGGUCCACAAACCCACAGGCCAGAUCAUGGCUGUCAAGAGGAUUCGCUCCACUGUGGAUGAGAAGGAGCAGAAGCAGCUGCUGAUGGAUCUUGACGUGGUGAUGAGGAGUAGCGACUGUCCCUACAUUGUCCAGUUCUACGGCGCCCUCUUCAGAGAGGGGGACUGUUGGAUUUGCAUGGAGCUUAUGUCUACCUCAUUAGACAAAUUCUACAAAUAUGUAUAUUGUGCAUUAGAUGACGUCAUUCCAGAGGAAAUAUUAGGCAAAAUAACAUUAGCCACUGUUAAAGCACUGAACCACUUAAAAGAAAACUUGAAAAUAAUUCACAGAGACAUCAAACCUUCCAACAUUCUUAUGGACCGAAAGGGGAAUAUCAAACUAUGUGAUUUUGGCAUCAGCGGUCAGCUGGUUGAUUCCAUAGCCAAGACCAGAGACGCAGGCUGCAGGCCUUACAUGGCGCCUGAGAGGAUAGAUCCUAGUGCUUCCAGACAAGGUUAUGAUGUCCGGUCUGAUGUUUGGAGCUUGGGAAUCACUUUGUAUGAGCUGGCCACAGGAAGGUUUCCGUACCCCAAGUGGAACAGUGUUUUUGAUCAGCUGACACAAGUGGUGAAAGGAGAGCCGCCCCAGCUCAGCAACUCGGAAGAGAGGCAGUUCUCCCCCAAGUUCAUCAACUUUGUUAACCUAUGCCUUACAAAGGAGGAAUCAAAAAGGCCAAAGUACAAGGAGCUUCUGAAACACCCAUUUAUUCUGAUGUAUGAGGAGCGCUUUGUGGACGUCGCCAGUUACGUUUGUCGCAUCCUGGAUCAGAUCCCCACUUCUCCCAUCUCUCCAAUGUAUGUUGACUGAUGCCAAGGACCAGUGGGUGGGACACUUUGUGAUGCAAUGCUUGUCAUUUUACUCCCCAGAGUUACAGUAGAAUCACCUGUUUGUUCACAUGUUCCAAAGAGCAAAGGAAAUAAGUCCAAUUUGUCCGGUGCAAUGUUAAGAAUAUUAAUAAAUAAACUUUUUCUCUUCCCAACACCUCAUUUAAAAAUCCCAAACUAUUAUCAUCCAUUUUCAACCAGAAAAACUUGAAGAUGUAACAUUGUGUUAGUAAAUUGCAAUGCUUCUUUUUAUGUGAGAAAAGGAAGAGAAUAUACUUACAUGGAAAAUAUAUAUACUUGAACUUGUACACAAAAACAGAGUCUACCAAAUAAGACGUUGUGGAGCUCAUAAUGUAUGAACAAAAUAGCCACCUAAGGGAUUGUACAUUGUGGACUGUAUGUAUGCAUAAGUGUGUCACAUCUAAAGUGUUGCUAUGUACUGAUGUAUACUGAUAGGCCUGCUGUGUAAACACACACACUUUAAACGCAGUAUGCUGUGAGCACCUCCACACAUGAUAAAUUACUGAGUAUGCAAAAGUGUUUCUCUCCAGAAAGUUCAUUGGUUUGGUAGCAUGGCUUUACUCCAUUUAUUGUUUGUCCCCCUGGCACCAAUUUGCAGUCUCCAACUGCUUGUUUUGAUUCUUGAUUGGGACGAUUAUUUAAAUUUUUUUUCUUGUUCUUAUAUCUAAUGGUGGCCUCAGUUUAUAUCUUACAUUGUUUUGUUUGAGUCACAGAGCUAAGCACAUGGUUUUCCAAAAACCUAACUCCCUCUUGGUAGGAAGCUAAUCUUUUGGUAAUAUUAGAAAUUGAUCUUUUUUCCAUGAAAAUAAUCAUACAUUACUGCAAUUAGAUUACAUUGGCUGGAAAAAAGUACCCAAAUUUCGUGUUAGAAAAAAAAAAUUACAUUGACCUGUUAGAUCAGAUGUAAUCUGCCACAGCAGUUUGGCUAAUUUAACAGGGAUGACAUAACAUACUCACUUUUUCACAACACAUGAAAGAAUAUUAUAUUUAGAAAACUUAAGAGACAACUGCUCUCGUAAAAAGUUUUCUAUAAAGACAGAAGCAUCUUAAGAAAGGUGUACGUCCACUGAAAAUGCUGUAGUAUAUAUACCAGGCCUGUAGGUGGUGCUGUAACACUGCCACAGAAAUACACACACAAAAAAACGUGAAUAAGACAUGGCACGUGUGCAUAAUGUUGUGUGAUGUUAGCAAGUGUAAAGAAGGUGGCAGAGAAUUGAGCUAAAAAGAGACAUGAAUUUUACAGAUUUUGCUGUAAAGGGCGUGUUCUGCUCAGUAGCUCUUGCUGCAUGAAUGCAGCAGUGUAAUCUGCCAUUGUUACUGUUGCGCGUGCGGGUUAAGGGUGAGGUGGAGUGAUGGCGUCAUCGGUUCAGGAAAGAUCUGUUUGGGUGUAAAUAAAGAAAUAAAACGGCUGCGUUUUCAGAUUUAUUCACUUAUGGAUCUGAUUUAAAAAAUUUGCAUUUACGCUGAGAGAUUCGUUAGCUAUUUUAACAGUGACGAUAUAAGAUGCUAAAUUUUUCUUAACAAAUUAUGUUAAUAAGCUUUAAACAGGUUGCUUUAGUACUAGGCAAAGGUUUGUUUACAUUUGAUAGAAGCUAAUGCUAAUUAAAGUAUGUUUUGAUCCAGAAGGAACCAAAUUAUUCCAUGAAUAAAUGAAUUUUUCUCUAAAUGCUUAGUUUUGUGACUAAAACAAAAUGAUAGCACACAUGAGGGACAAACUGGAGGGAGUCCAAUGCUACGAUGCCACAUGUAAAGGUUUUAUCGGAUAUCAUGUCCACUGAUGUAAAUGUAUAUGUAUAUAGCCAUGCUAAUCUGCUGUUCUCGGCAGGUUCCACUCAAAUGUUAAGGCUGUUUCCUGAACAUAGAUGAUUAAAUCAUGCGGGGGAGGACAAGUGGGUGGAAAAUGAAAAUGCUUCAUUUUGAGAAGGAGCCUUUACUCCUCCUCUGCGCUUGUCAUAGCACUGUACAGUUAAACUGAUCACAGAUCCUCCAUGCUGCCAUACACAGACAAGCAGCUUUGGUCAAGUUUUGUUCUGGCAAGGGUUUUGUGUCCCAAAAAGGAAAAAAAAAGAAGAAGAAAAAAAUGUUAAUGCUGCUAAAUCACAUAUUUUCCACUUCAGCACUACAUCAGUUACUACUCUUGGCCUUCGCAUGUUCUUCCGUGAUUUGGCAUGUCUUCUUGGCUUGCACUGAUGAUGUUUCCACACCAAAAAUGUAUUAUGUUCGAAUGCAUCUCCGUAGCCCACAGCAUACUCCUCCAACUGAGCUCCUCCAUUAGUAAUGAUUUGCUGGGGGUUGCCAUUCUGAGGUGUGUGAAGGGGAUGCCGUAACUCUCAGACUUGUGAGAUAUACUCAUUGUCAUUGACUCUCAGAAAGCCACUUCAACUAGGUAGGCUCUGAAUGGAAAAAAAACACAAACACACGACUUGGCUUUGGCUACUAAACCAAACAGUACUUCAUGUGACGCUGUAGGGACAGGUGACUUAAACGCCUUUUUAAUUUGUGUUUUUCUUUAAAAAGAUUACCACUAAUAAUGUGAUAGUCUCCCUUGUUCCUGGCUUCACCUGUACUGCACAGUAAAUCUUUGGAAACGGCUCAAAUUAGCAAUUUAAUAAUCUAAUUUUUAAAUAGGAAAUUCUUAAAAACAGAUGGUUCAAACGCAGGAAGAAAUGUGACCAUGUGAAGUAAUAUCCAUUUCAAUAUAUCUUGCAUGACAAUGAGCAAAGAAUAGAAAAGGUACAUGUUAUCAACAGUCUCUGCAAGAUUAUGAUAGGAGUCUGUUGGAAUAUCUGUUAACUUGAUCUGGAAAAUAUAUUAAAAUAAAAUGUAUGAUCAGUGCUUAUCAAAGUCACAGUUAGGAUCUUUUCCAGUUUCAGCUAACUCUUAUGGUAAGAAAAAGUUUCCACUGAUAUGGAAAAAAAAUCCAUGACUUAAUCAGCAUUAGGUCCUGUGUUGUUCAAGCUGUAGUGAAUUUAGAGAAAUCCUCCAUGUUAAAUUUACAGUAUGGCUCUCAACAGCUGUCAGCUUUGUUAAAAAAUGGCCACCGUUGUGCAGGGGGGGGGGGGUCCAGGGUCACUUCUUAAUAACAGACAUGCUGAAUACUUUUGGCUUGUUCUGCAAGAUAAGACAUUAGAACCAGGUUGUUGGAGAUGAUUUAUAGACCAGACAGGAUUCUCACUGUGGAGACUUCUGUCAGCUCUGUUCUUUACAUUUCUAUCUGUAAUGAGAAAAUGGUGCAAACCCACGAGAAAGUCAGCAGACGGAUCAGUUUCACUCAAAAUUGUCUCCAGGUCUGUUCUGUUGUCACGGUUGUGGUUCCAGGAAGCUAACUUACCACUGGUGGACAUGAAUCUCCAGGGUACAUGUUGUAAAAAUUGCAAUUUACUAGAAUGUUUAUAUUAGGAUAUAAGGUAAUAUUAAGGGCAAUGAAUAUUAUAUUGUAUCUUUAUCAAGGGUUAUAAAUAAAGUUCCCAUGGAAAAGA